GUUACUCUGCUUUUCUUUUUACUCGCUCUGUGUUUAAAUUUUUUCAGAAACCCAUAUUUCUUGAAAGCUCAUCACCUCAUAUUUCUUUUCAUGUAAUCCAAACCUUAAUUUUCUACUUCCCUAAUCCCAAAUUCCACUUUCCCUUUCACCUGAUUUUACCAAUUACAACAUAGAUAUUUUGUUCCUUUCAAAUACAAUUGAAAAAUUGAUCGUGGAAGAAGUCGAAUGGCGUCAAGAACAGUUGCCAAAGAUAUAAUCACUCUACGAGGCUCAGCAGCAAUCGUGAGCGAGUUUUUUGGAUAUGCGGCGAAUAGCAUUCUGUACAAUCGAGGGGUUUAUCCAGAAGAAAGUUUUGUGAAAGUGAAGAAAUAUGGGCUUCCAAUGUUGCUUACCCAAGAUGAAGGUGUUAAAUCCUUCAUUUCCAACCUAACAUCACAGCUUUCUGAAUGGCUGGAAGCUGGGAAGCUACAGAGGGUUGUAUUGGUUAUCAUGAGCAAGGCAACCAAUGAAGUCUUGGAGAGGUGGAAUUUUAGCAUUGAGACUGAUGAUGAGGUUGUUGAGAAAGGUGUGUCAAGGGAAAAGAGUGACAAGGAAAUUAUGCGAGAAAUACAGGCAAUCAUGAGACAGGUUGCCUCGAGUAUUACUUACUUGCCAUGCCUCGACGAACCAUGUGUGUUUGAUGUAUUAGCAUACACUGAUAAAGAUGUUGCUGUACCAUUCACUUGGAUCGAGAGUGACCCCAAGUUGAUUGCCAAUCCUCAAAUGGUGAAGUUGCAUUCAUUUGAUACCAAAAUACACAAAGUUGACACUCUUGUAUCAUACAAGAAUGAUGAAUGGGACGAGCAGUAGAGUGAUUGAACCCUUUGUUUUUUCUUUCUUUUCUACUGCAAUAUAUUUCCUUCACGUGAAUCUUCAAUUCACAUAUUUCCAAUAUUGCUACGAGAGAUGACAAAAAUUGUUUGUGUAUGUGUAUGGUUGUGAAAUGUUUGAAUGAAGAAUUUAUCAGCCGUAUCAACCUGGUGCCGAAGAAUUUCACUACUGUUCUUUCACAGAUUUCAAGUUGUGUUCAUUUUAUCUUAAACAAUCUAUCUCUCUUUUAUUUUU